AUGUUUAAGAUCAUUGUUUUGAUUGCCUGUUUGGCCGUAGCUGCCUCUGCGCAGUUUUACUCGGGAGAUUUCCACCAUGUGGAACAUAAAGAGCAUUACGACCAUCCCAAGUACAAGUACGAAUACGGCGUCAAGGAUGGCCACACUGGGGACCACAAAGGCCACUGGGAACACCGCGACGGAGACGUUGUCAAAGGAGGAUACACUCUGGAUGAGGCUGAUGGCACUCACCGCGAGGUCGAAUACAAAUCUGAUCACCAUAAUGGCUUCCAAGCUCACGUCAAACGUCUCGGACAUGCCCAUCACCCACACGGUGAAAGCUACUCCAACAUCGACCAGCAUCACUAA